AGCGUAUGUCUCGCGUUGACGCCAGGCUGACGCCUAAAGGGACAACCCAAUGGCCCUAUAUAUCAACAUAACUAAUUCUUUCAGUCUUUGACACCCUCAUACUCUCCAUCAUCCUAGCUAACUAACCACUCAUCACAUAACUUCCCCCUCUUUCUCUCUCUCUCUCUCUCUCUCUCUCCCUUCUUCCCUCUUCCCUAUGGGAUCUCCUUCUGCACAUGUUUUACUCUCCGACACACGUGUCUCACAAUACAAUUUUCCAACAUUUUCCACUUCUUAGUACAAUUAUAUAUGUACCAUCUCUCCCUCCACAUAUACCUUUUUGUCUACAUUUUCUAUUUUCUUAACUUUCUGGGCUGGCUUCAUUACCUCUUGCCAGGGGAUACACCAUGUUGCAGGAUGUUUUUGAUCAGCCACUUCCACCAAAGGCCGAACCGCAACAGCAAGUCCCCAUUGAAGAAAUUUCAAGCCCUUUUAGUAGUGCUCGAAUUUUCGAAUUUUGUAACGCAGAAUUUUUCCCAGAGGCUUUGCCAAAUUCUGAGGUUACUUCCAGCUCAAACUGUUGCUAUGAGGAGAACUCCUCGUAUGCCACAACAAACAAAUCUUUAACUGUAGAUGUAGAAAAUAAAUUGAAUAGCAAUAGCAACACAGUCACCACGCCAACUAGCAUUACCACCACCAACAACAACAACACAACCAACAGUAGUAACCUGUCUAUUAUCUUAGACCCCCAAGAUGAAAUGGACAAUAAUGACAUCGCUGCCUCCAUAGACUUCUCACUAUCUCCAUCUUUCAAUGUUCCUCCAUUUCUCCCAGUCACAUCCCAGCAAGAACAGUUUGAUUUCUCUUAUGUGCAGCCUCAGGUCCAAUUACCAGCAUUUUCAGUUGUGGAGGGCUUCUCUCAGUAUCCCACUGACCCCGUUGCACCUCCACUUAUGGGGGCUCCAUUACCUUCUGUAUUUGAAGAGGAUUGCAUAUCUUCUGUUUCUUCUUAUGUGCCUCUCAACCCUUCAUCUCCUUGCACUUAUCUCAGUCCUGGCAUGCCACCAUACAUGCCUACCGGCCCCCUUACUAGCGCCUUAUCAACGGAUAGUUCUGGAUAUUUUGGUGGGAACAUUCUUCUUGGUUCUGAACUUCAGACACAAGAAUUGGAAUACCAAGGAGAAAAUGGAAGAAUGUAUUGUACAGAUUCAAUUCAGCGGGCGUUUAACCCUCCAGACCUUCAGGCACUUGGUACUGAGAGCCAGCAACUAGUUCCCGGGGGUGGUAGUUCUGCCACUCUAACACCUGAAAUCUCUAACUUAGAGGACUCCUCAUUCAAGGUUGGAAAACUUUCUGUUGAGCAAAGGAAAGAAAAGAUCAAUAGAUACAUGAAGAAAAGAAAUGAAAGAAACUUCAGCAAGAAAAUUAAGUAUGCCUGCCGCAAAACUCUGGCAGAUAGCCGACCUCGGGUUCGAGGAAGGUUUGCAAAGAAUGAUGACUUUGGAGAAACCAAUAGAACUACUAGUAGCAAUCAUGAAGAUGAUGACGAAGAAGAAGUAGUUGUGAAGGAUGAAGAUGAUAUGGUUGAUUCCUCAGAUAUUUUUGCUCAUAUCAGUGGAGUGAACUCCUUCAAAUGCAACUAUUCCAUCCAGUCCUGGAUUUGACUUAAUAGUUUGAGCAGUAUACCUACAUUUAGCUUCUGUAGAUUUUUUCAUGGCCACAUACCA